AUGAAGCCCCAGACUCUGCCAGGAAUCCCGGGUGAGAAGGGAAGUGACAACCCUCCGGCCCUGUCUCCCCCAGCCUUUGUGCUUCUAAUUGGAGGCAUCGAAGUCGGCCUGUCCUACUUCCCCUUCUUCGCCUGCCUCUCGUCAGAGUUCCGGCUGGUCAGUGCCAUUCUCGGCUUCAGCUACUCUCUGAUAUGGUUUUCUAUCACCAUCCUUCAUAUCAUACAGUGUCCGCAUGGGCAGUUUGUGGGGAGGUACGAGACCGUCAUCUUCUACUGGCCCUCACUACUGUGUCUCGUCUUCCUGCUGGGCCGCUUCCUGCAUAUGUUCAUCAAGUCUCUGAGGGUCCACCUGGGCUGGGAGCUCCAGGCCGUGAGUACAAGGGCUGGCACUGGAGAGAGAGAAAAGUCUUGGUUCCAAACCAGGAUCUACGAGUGGGACCCCUGCUUUCAGUUCCCAAGCAGAAUGAUUGGAACCACUGUGCUGGCUUUCAUUUGCCUGUACCUUUUCAUCGUCAUUGAGUUCUGCGUGUUUGUGUAUGUGAGAGAGGAGCUGGAUGUGUUUGAAGGCAAACUGCAGAACUACAUCACCUCUGUGAAUGACACAGGCACCCUGACCCCAGUCGUUCUGCAUGUGAAAGAGCUAAUCAACGUGGCCAAAGGAGUCUGGGUGGCGACUAUUUUACCUGCGUCUCUCACAUGUGCGAACUACCUGUUCCACAUUCUGGCCUGUUACAGAAAGCACAUAAAGAGGUUGUGGGCAGGAAACAAGGACUUUCUUCCCUUGAAGUUCCGUAAGCCUUCCUCCUCAGACAGUGUGGUGGCCAUAGCAAGGUAUUCUGGGUGGCAGAUAGCCUAUAUCCUGUGGGGCUACCUCGUCAUCCACGUGGUGCAGUGGCUGUGCGGCAUGGCGGUCAUGUACAGCCUGGUGCUUCCUGUGAUCCAUAACCAGGGCCCGGAGAUGCUGCGGGGCCUGGGCAUCGGGACCCUCACCAUAUCCAUCGUUGUGGGUCUCAUGGUCCUGCAAGUGUGGAUUGCCUCCAGCUUCUUCCUGCAGCCAAAGAUGGGCCCAGCUGACAAGCAGAGGCCCUUGGCUCUCAACAACAGGAAAGCAUUCCACAACUUCAACUACUUCCUGUUCUUCUACAAUGUGCUGCUUGGCCUGGGCGCGUGCCUCUCCCGGCUGUUCAUCAGCUGCGUCCUGGGCACGUGGCUGAUCGCACGCAUCGACAGGAGCAUCAUGCAGAACGGCUACGAGAGGGCGGACAUGGUUACCAUGAGCCAGGAGCCCCCGACAGCAGACAGCCCCCGAUGA